AUGGUAACAGAUUGUGAUGUCACUGCUUAUGUUGGUGAUGUCACUGCUGAUCUUGGUGAUGUCACUGCUCAUGCUGAUGAUGUCGCUGCUCAAGUUGGUGAUGUUACUGCUGAUGUUGUUGGUGAUGUCACUGCUGAUGGUGGUGUCACUGCUCAUGAUGUUGCUGCUCAAAUUGGUGAUGUCACUGCUCAUGAUGUUGCUGCUCAAAUUGGUGAUGUCACUGCUGAUGUUGGUGAUGCCACUGCUGAUUUUGGUGAUGUCACUGCUGAUUUUGGUGAUGUCACUGCUGAUUUUGGUGAUAUCGCUGCUGAUUUUGGUGAUAUCACUGCUGAUUUUGGUGAUGUCACUGCUGAUUUUGGUGAUGUCACUGCUGAUUUCGGUGAUAUCGCUGCUGAUUUUGGUGAUAUCACUGCUGAUUUUGGUGAUAUCACUGCUGAUUUUGAUGAUGUCACUGCUGAUUUUGGUGAUAUCAUUGCUGAUUUUGGUGAUGUCACUGCCGAUGUUGAUGAUGUCGCUAUUGCUACAUGUGAUACACCUGAAAUGGCAUCGAUGAAUGUAUUCUAUACAUCCGAUAAUGAAGGUACCGGAUGA